UAUCCAAGAUAUUCACUUAUCCAAGGUUUAGCUCGGAUAAGUGAGACUCUACUGUAAUAGUCCAGUUCAAAGCAGAUAAUGUGGAUUUUAUCUGGCAGUGUAGACGGGGGUCUGGGUCAAAACAAGAGAGCACUGUUCCUCUGUGAAGAGAGGAAAUGAGCGAGAUUAAUUUAUCAGCAUUAGAGCGAGAUUUAUCCCAAUUUUGAGUGCCGUCCUGUGAAAUAUAACAAGGAUUGGCCAGACAGAAUAUUCCGAGCAAGGCAGCUGUUUCUUAUUGAGGAUUGUUUUUGAGAGAGAGAGAUUUUCCUGGCUUUGGAGGAAGAGGGAAACUUCAGAAGCAAGAUGUUCUCUGUCUCUUAAGAAAGCUUCACAGACAAUUCACUGGGGAUUUCCUCUUCAAAACACAGCAAUGCACAAACACUUUUCAUUCUAAGAACUUCUUAUUCGAAAGUUGUUUAUCUUCUGAUGGAGUGCGUUCUUCCCCUGUUGCUUCAAGUACUCAUUUUUUAGGAAGCAGGACUUUUAAGAAAACAGUCUUUAAUCAGAAGUGUGCUUUCUUUGGAAUUGACCUUCAGUAAACUGCAUUCCAUUUCUAGCUCCUGGCUUUUUAGUGUGUUUUGUGUGCAUUUCCUUUCCUUUUUUUGUUACAGGGGAAGAUAGGAGAGAAGAAAAGGAAACGCUGAUGAACAAUAUUUUUUUAUUGUGUUCAGUUUUCUGGCUCUGGAAGGAUGGGGAAACAUCUGGUUUUUGCUAAGGGGAAACUGGGCUCCCCACACUAUUUGGAUUCAAAGUCCCCUCUUCCUUCCAAACUCAUGGCUUGAGAUAGUAAUGAUGGAACCUUGACUGCUCUUCCUGAUGGAUUUAUUGUGUUUCCUGGAUAAUAUUUUCUUCUCUUGUUGUUGGAAUCUUUGAUAUGCUGUGGCUGCUGCUAUGAGACUUGGCAAAGCCUCCGAUAAGUGACGUAAAAGAACCAGACGAUCCUCUGAUGCAGGCACCCCCGGGAAAUCCGCUACUUCUUUCUCACACCUUGCAAGAGCUCUUGAGCAAGGACACGGUGCAGGUAGAGCUGAUCCCGGAGAAAAAGGGUCUCUUUGUCAAGCAUGUGGAGUAUGAGGUUUCAAGCAAGCGUUUCAACUGUUCUGUGUACAGGCGGUACAAUGAUUUUGUGGUCUUCCAUGAGAUGCUUCUCCAAAAGUUCCCGUAUCGGAUGGUCCCUGCGCUUCCCCCCAAAAGAAUGCUUGGAGCUGACCGAGAGUUCAUUGAGACAAGGCGGCGUGCAUUAAAACGGUUUGUUAACUUGGUGGCUCGACAUCCUCCAUUCUCAGAAGAUGUGCUUUUGAAGCUCUUCCUCUCCUUCAGUGGAUCGGAUGUGCAAAACAAGCUGAGAGAGUUGGUGCAGGGCGUGGGAGAUGAAUUCAUGAUUUGCAAACUAGCAACUCAGGCCAAGGAUUUCCUGCCAGCUGACAUCCAGGUACAGUUUGCUGCCAGCAGGGAGCUGAUCCGAAACAUCUACAAUAGCUUUUACAAGCUGCGGGACCGAGCUGAGAGAAUAGCCUCCCGAGCUGUAGACAAUGCCGCUGACCUCCUUAUUUUUGGGAAGGAACUAAGUGCUUUAGGCUCCGACACAACUCCACUCCCUUCCUGGGCCGCUUUGAACAGUAGUGCCUGGGGCAACCUCAAGCAGGCACUGAGAGGCCUCUCUGUUGAAUUUGCUCUGUUGGCUGACAAAGCCGUGCAACAGGGUAAACAGGAAGAGAGUGAUGUGGUGGAGAAGCUGAAUCUUUUCCUGGACUUACUCCAGUCCUACAAAGAUCUGUGUGAGCGGCAUGAGAAAGGAGUUCUGCACAAGCACCAGCGGGCCUUGCAUAAAUACAGCAUGAUGAAGCGGCAGAUGAUGAGCGCCUCAGUACAGAACAAGGAGCCGGAGUCUGUGGAGCAGCUGGAGUCCCGCAUUGUGGAGCAAGAGAAUGCAAUCCUGACAAUGGAGCUGCGCAAUUACUUCUCCCUGUAUUGCCUCCACCAAGAGACUCAGCUCAUCCAUAUUUAUCUUCCUCUCACGUCUCACAUUUUGGGGGCUUUUGUCAACUCUCAGAUCCAAGGGCAUAAAGAGAUGAGCAAAGUCUGGAAUGAACUGACGCCCAAGUUGAGCUGCCUCUUUGCAGGAUCCAGCAACAUGCAGACACCGCCGUUGUCCACACAGGACGGCAACCUCUUUUCUAGUUAAUGCUUUAGAACUCUGGAAUGAGUGUGGUGGGGAGAGCCAUGGGGAAAGCCUAUGCAAUUUGCAAAUAGUUGCACGGAGUUUGUCUCCCAUUAGCUACGUUUGUACUUUUUGCCCCCUUCGCUGCUUUGAGCUGCUCCAUGAUUUAUGGGCUGCCGGGAAAUGUGAUAAGUGCAUAGAGUGAAAGACUCGCUCUCUUUUUAAAUUAUUUUAGUUUCCAUUUUGAAGUUCUCCAUGGUAGGGAUGACUUUCCUUAUGUCAAAAGCGUUUGUUUGUGCUACACUUGACAGAGUGCUAGGAAUCUUCUGUUGCUGAUUUACUAUGGGAUGGGAAACCUGCAGCCCUCCAUGUUUUGGACUUCGGCUCCUAUCAAUCCUCAGCAGCUUGCCUAAAUGAUUAACCUGUGGAAGGCCACAGGUUCUCCAUCCUUUUUAUAUACUUUAAUUUUACUUUGGCCCAAAUAUAAUGAUUUAGCCAUACAACUGUCUAGUGCUAAGCUCAUGCACAGUGUGUGUGUGUGUGUGCGUGAGAGAGGGAGAGAGAGAACCACAAACCCAUAGGGCCCUUCCACACAGCCAUAUAAACCAGAAUAUCAAGGCAGGAACUCCCACAAUAUCUGCUUUGAACUGAGUCCACACUGCCAUAUAUUGCAAUUCAAAGCAGAUAUUGUGGGAUGUCCUGCCUCAAUAUUCUAAGUUAUAUGGCUGUAUGGAAGGGCCCAUGGACAAAUAUUACGCUUUGCAGACAGAAAAUCUCAAGUUCAGUUCUGGGCAUUUCCAAUUAAUAGGAGCAGGUAGUAGGGAACAGGAAUGAGACUGAGAACGUGGAAAGUUGCUGUUUGCCAGAAGAAAUAAUGCUGGACUGGCCAAAGCCUGACCUGAUAUAAGGCAACAUCUCUGGACACCAAACUGGAAGAGGCUGUCUGAAGGUAAGGGUGAGCAGGUGAGCUCCAUGGGCCAAAUUUGACACACAGAUAGGAUCAAGUUUUGUCUAGAUAAUCCAGUUGCUCCUGACACACACACAAAAGCCUUAUUUGCUAGCAUUACCAGCUGCAGACUUGGGAGUGUAUAAAGCAAUGCUUUUAAGCGGGCUGAAGACUGUUUGGUGCUUGUAAAUAAUAUUUUGACACUCCAUAUUCCUAUUUGUACACUUGCACCUGACUAUAACAUCUUCCUGUUCGGCAAUCCCAAGAUAUAUAAAAAUGUACGCUGGUGAAAAAGAGAGCAGUAAGCUAUAUUGCAAAAUGCCGGUGUUAAAAUCUGCCUGUCUUGGGCAACACAGCACUUAUUAUACAUUUGAAGACUCCUUUGUGGAUGCCUCAAACCAUGACUAGUACCAAACCUAUACUAAGUGUUAUUUUCAGAAUUUCAUUUAACCACAGGUGUAACUGAAACAGUUUGAAAGCAACCAGCUUUGUUGUUAAUCUGUUUUGAAUGUUUUAAGCAAAAAAAAGUUAAAAUUGAAUUUCGAUUGCAAUUAUAAUAUUUGUAUCAACACAUUAUUUAUUUAACAAAAUUCAGUGUUUGCUGUUUGAUUUCUUUUUAAAAUUUUGGCAACGCCAACUAUGUAAAUAUAUAAUCCCAGCCCUUUCCCAGCGUUCUUCGUUUUUUCCUCAUUGGGAUUAUAUUUAAUACAGAUGUUAUCAUUUUCAUUGGUGUGCAUCUGAUGUUCUUGGCGACAUGUUUUUCUUGCUCAUUGGGCUGUGUGUUGUUCCUCUCCCAAUUGAUUUUGUUUAUGUAUUCAUUCAUUCAUUCCUGAAUAGUAAUGAGCUGUUUUUAUAUGUUUCUGUAUGUGGAAUAUCUUACUCAGAAGGGUGAUGUGACAAUCCACUUGAAGGAGCUCAGAGAUUCCUAGCUACAAAGGGAUGUGUGACGUGUUUGCCUCAUUUGUGCCUUUCAAGUGUGCAAGAUAUACUUGUGAGGAUGACCCCCUGUUGUCAAAUAUAUUGGCAAAGAGCUAGAUCCUUCCUGAGAGAAGCCUUGCAGUUGAAUGUGAUGAAAGCCUCUUUGUUGGGAUUUCUGCUUUAGGUCAUGGUUUGAAGAUGUUGUGUGAGUGCCUAUUCCUACCAAGACUCUCUUUCACUUGAUUGAAUGUCACUGUGUCAAACUCAUAGAUUAGGAUAAGGACAGACCAGACAAGUGUAUUAAAGGGAUCUCUUUUAUCCAAAGGAUUUUUUUUUAAAUUUUCCGAAGAGGGAAAGUCUAACAAAUCCACAGCAGGAUCACUGUCUGUAAAGUUACUGAAUUAAAUCCCUUGCUAUGUAUUUUUUUUAAAGCAAAGUGUUCAAAGCACAGGAAGGUUAAAAGGAACAUGAUGCCUUUUAAAAACUAAAGUGGUAGAGGAAACAAAACAGUAUUGAAUAGAUUGCUUUGCACAAAUCUGUCUUGCACAUUUCAAAGCUAGUAUUUGUACUGCUUUCCAUUGUGAUAGCUUUUUAUUGGUAACUCAUUCAUGCUUUAGUUAAGAUAAGACUUACUUGUCACCAAGUGCUUUGGGCAAGGGAGAGCCAGUACAGUAAAGGGCUUUAAGUUCAGGACUAUGACUGGACAACUGGGUUCGAAUCUUGAACACACUGACUGGCGUGAGUCAGGCUGAAACCAGCUCAGAGGCCCACGCAAUAUACAUUUCUUUACAAAAAAAGAGAGCUGCCUUAGUCUUGAUAUGUUAAUACAGAACAUUUGUAAAUGUUUUUAUAAUGGAGAUUUAAAGUAUUAUUUUUAUAUAUUAUUCUUCAGUCACAGCUGUGAGGAUUUUUCUUUUCUUUAGAUAAGCUCAUUGUUUUGAAGCUUUAGAAGAGGCUUCAAAACAGCUGAAUAGUUUCUUCAGUGAAAAACAAAGCCAUUGAGGAUUGGUCUAUUGGAAAAUGGUGUUCAAAAAAAGGGAGAAAUACCGCAACUAGACAAAUGGCUUAUUGUUCUUCUAAGCACACUUUGUGGAUGGGGCUGGCAAAGUGUUUUGGUCAUGUUUGUGCCAAGAAACAGCCAUGAGUUUCCUAGUUUAAAAAGAAUAGCUGGGCAGCAUAUGAAGAGGUUGCUUUGGAUUCUAUUAAAAUAUUGUUAAAACUGCACAGCCUUUAUAUUUGAGUGGGGAUGAGCAAAUGUCACUCACAACACCUGCUUUCACGUAUAUUGUAUUAAGAGAAAUCACAUCAGGAUGGUGGUGAAGCUAACAUAUAUCUCCCCUCUGUCCCUUAAGGUAUACAAUGCUAUAAUGCUCCAAGAAAAGUUUGCCUAGUUUCUACUAUAAGAGCAGCUUUGGGAGUCUUUAUACUACUUGAGAAGUACCACUAGACUCCUAGUAGUUUUUGUGGCUACCUCUCCCCCUGAGAAAUUUAAACUUCUUUUGAAGAACUCAGGACCUAAAGGGAAUAUAGAUAAAAGAUCUGUGACUUAAGAGGGACAUCUGCAUGCCUUGUGGAAGGACUGCCAAACAAAUGUUUAAACCUUGCCUUGGAUUUUGCUCAAAGACGGAUGUUUUCCCUUUUAGAUUUUGCCAACGCUGUGCCUUCUGCCCUUUUGUAAAAGUAGUCUUGCUAAUGUUUUUUUUACAAAACAAAGCACUUUAUUAAACCGCAGGAAUGCCUUAAUACAGCUGGUAGACUACAGAAAUGUUUACAGAGUUAUGACAUUCCCAAAAAAUGCUAUCAAAUGUUACAAAAAUAUGUAUUUUUAAGAGAUCUGUAAAACCUGUAUAAAACAUUGAGAAAUUUAA